CACUAAAACAAAAGUAACAUGGGACUCAUAGAUAAUGAGCAAAAGCACUUUGUUUUGGUCCAUGGUGCAUGCCAUGGAGCCUGGUGCUGGUUCAAGCUCAAACCCCUUCUGGAGGCCGCGGGCCAUCGCGUCUCCGCCUUUGAUCUCUCCGCCUCUGGCACGAAUACCGAGGUAAUACAACACGUAACCACACUUUCUGACUACACUAAGCCAUUGCUCGAAUUCAUGGCCGCGGUUCCGCCAGAGGAGAAGGUGGUGUUGGUGGGCCAUAGUUUAGGCGGCAUGAACAUCGCUCUCGCCAUGGAAAAGUUCCCCGAAAAAGUGUCGGUCGCGGUGUUUCUCGCUGCCUUCAUGCCGGACUAUGUACAUAAGCUUUCUUAUGUGUUAGACCAGUAUAAUGAAAAAUCAUCGGCAGAAGACUGGAUGGACACACAAUUCGUGCCUUACAAUGCUGAAAUUGACUCAGAAAUGUCAAUGUUAUUUGGCCCAAAAUUUAUGUCAUCCAGCCUCUAUCAACUUUGCUCCGAGCAGGAUCUUGAACUAGGGAAAAUGCUAAUCAGACCUAGCUCGCUGUUUAUGAAAGAUCUACAAAAUGCAAACCAGUUAACCGAAGACGGGUAUGGUUAUGUGAGACGAGUAUAUAUCAUCUGUGAUGAAGAUAAAGCCAUUAAAAAGGGAUUUCAACAAUGGAUGAUCGACAAUAACCCAGUGGAUAGUGUGAAAGAAUUGAAAGAUGUUGAUCACAUGGCGAUGUUAUGUGACCCAAAGCAAAUCAAUGUUUGUCUUCUUGACAUAGCCCACAAAUACGCUUAGUCACCGGCCUGUCUAUUUUUAAAGUUAUUUUCUACAAUAAAUAACAAAAUUAUUUGAAAUUCAUUUUCAAAUAAUUUGUCCUAGCAUUUAAGUUGUAUGUGCCAAUUAUUGGCUUCACUAUCAUAUCUAAGACUAUUCAUACUUUGUCGUUAAAGAGUGCAUAUUGAAAACAGCCUUUAAGAAUGUGACUACGAAAUAUGUAUUUAUAAAG